UAUUUUUUUGCAUCCUGUUUGCCUGAAAUUGGAGAAGAGCUUACACUUGGUGGCAGUAGGAGAAGAGGUGGCAGUUGUAUUUCACAGAGGGCAGCAGAGAAUAGGGAAACUCUAUUUCAUAGAUUAAAAAGACACAGGAGGAGCUGAUGAUCUAUUCUGCUAAAAGGCAGCAGCAGGCGGGGGGGGGGGGAGCUGACAGUUUAAGGGGAGGGGAGCUCAUAUUUAGGAAAUAGCUGCUGUUUUGUUUCACAUAAAUGAGAAAUUAGGGCUGAUGUUAUAUUGGAAACGUACAAAGUGUCAGAGUACCACUGCUUAGCAGAAUAUGCCCAGGCCGGGGCAAGGCCAGACUACCUCUAGGGAAGGACUUUGGGUAAGGGCCACAACCCUUGGCCCUGGGUGUAGUCUGUCUGGCAAAGAAAGGCCAUGGGGGUCCUUGGAAAUGGGUUGUUCAGAUCAAUCAAUGGGGGUGAGAUCAAAAACUUCAGGGGGGCUGUUCCGGGUUUUUGACAGCUGCUUGAAUUUGCCCCCCAUUACCUGCGUAGUCCCAGCGUGUCUCCCUGAUUAGCAACUGUCAGUUGACUGUGUACUGCCUAUGCAAUGGCAGCGGCACAUACCUAUACUGCACAAGGAAGUGUGUUGUGUGCCUGAUAUUCUUAUCAUUGUGCCUUAUACAGGACAAAGUGUCAUGUGUUUUACAGAUACACAGGUUUGUGUAGCAGACUGGGGCCCCACAGAGCCACUCCGUCUGUUUAUUCUCAUUAUGGGACAUUUACAUUCCUUGCCUGGAACUGACACAAGUGAGAGGGGAAUUAGGAAAGACAUUUACACAGUUUUCUUAUCUUCCUGAUUUGUAAGUAAGCCGUGAGUGUGAGUGUGUGUGUGUGUGUGUGUGUGUGCAACUGUAGAAAUGAAAGUGAAACUAAUGGUGCAUACGUGAAACAUUGAGAAGACUUACAGGGUGAGGCACGGAGUGAGAGAAGACAGAAGCUGCAGCCUCCUGGGAUUCCGAUUAAUGGGAUAUUGAUUGUUCUAAAACCAAGAUCCUUACUUGUUGUACAGAGCGUGUUUUGUAGGAACAGCACAAUGGAAGGAUAUGAGAGAUCAGUGAAGCAGGAAGAUUCCACACAAGUAUCUGGUGAUAUUAUAGACAACAACACCAGCCGGCAGCCUCCUCCUCUGAACUCAGGGACAGGAGGUUCUAAACAACCAAAAGAUCCUGCAUUUGAUCAAUGUUCAAUGAGGUCUCGUGAGAAACUGUCGCUGCAAGAUCUUGGGAGAGAAAUCCGGGAGAAUAUGUCACAGGGACACAACUCUUGUGUUUUUGCCUUUGGACAAACAGGAUCAGGGAAAUGCUUCUCAUUGUUGGAGGUCCAAGAAGAGCCAAGUCUGGUCUCGUUCUUCUGCUCUGAGUUGUUUAGCAGCAAUCGCGGUGGUUUAAAAGUCUUAAGAGUUGGAAUCUCUUUUGUGGAACUAUAUAAUGAGGAAAUUAGGGAUCUUUUAGCACCUAAUGGUGUGCAGAGAGCAGUUGAAAAAAUUGAAUAUGAUCCAUCAGGACCUUAUGCUGAGGGAUUGUCCCACCAUUAUGUCAGUAGAUAUGAUGAUGUUAAACAAAUGCUAAUAGCUGGAAAUAAGUGUAGGACUACCAGUGCUAAAUCUACUAUAGAUGAGAAAUGUAACCAACCAUGGGCUAUAUUUACACUAACAAUAACUUAUUGUAAUGGACCAGGUGCUUCUAGUGAGCUCUGCAGCAAGGUCAGCUUUGUGGAUCUAGAAGGUAGUGAAGGACAUGCGCAUUUUAACUUAGAAGAAUUAUUAAUGGACAUUAAUCCACCUGAAUCAUCCAGGAAAAUAGAUAAUUGUGUAGGUCAGAGAGACUCUUUGCUUUCUUGGCUUCUCAACCAGUAUCUGGGAGGAAAGACCAAAGCAACAAUUGUAGCCAUGAUUGACCCACGUGCUGAUAAUUACCAGGAGACUCUCUCUACUUUGUCUUCUGCUCACAGGGCCAAGGUCAUAGUUAUUCACCCACUGAGGCCUGACAGUUCUGAGAACAUGGUUACAGAUCCACUACGGAAUAAAUUAGGGAACGAGAAAGAAAAUUUAAGUUUAGCCAAAGACAAAAAGCACCAAUUGUCAAACCAAAUUCCUGAAACAAGGAAUUCUGAUGGUGAUCCAACCUUCAACCAGUUAUCAGCGGGUCAGAACAUUGCAGGAACCACCACUACUGGAAACCCUCCAGAUAACCACACUGCUCAGGGGUCCAAGUGUAUAAUUAACCAAGAGCAGAGACCUGGGGAUUCUGGACACAUGGAUACAGAUGAGUCUCAAGAGGAAUUAAAUAAACAGGCAGCGAGAUUACGUUUAAAUGGAGACAAAACUGAUGGAUUAUCAAGUCAAAAUCUCCAACCGGAGGUUGCUGAGAAUGUAGAAGAUGUUUGUUCAAGUCUCACCCCUGAAGCCCCUCAGGACAGAGCUGUAACUAUCAGUAGAUCAGACACCCCACACCAGGGAACCACUGGAAACCAUAUUACUACUGACAAAUACUCAAUGGGUGAGGCAUCAAAUGGCCAGAACACAAUAGAAAGUGUGACAUUAUUCUUCUGGGAUGUACUCACUGAUGUCCAGUUUUUGCAAGUCCGGCUGAGGAAGCUCCUUCCUAUGGAAAGCAUGUCGUGCAUUCCCCUUUGUGCUGCCUCUGAGGAUGAAUGGAAAUACGCAGCAAGUAAAGCCACUUAUAUUGUAUUCCAUCACUCUAUACAAUCAGGAAAAUCCCUAGAUGAGGCAACACCGUAUCUGGAUUUCUGUAUGGAAACUCAUGGUCUCUUCAAAAUUAUUGUGAUGGUAACUGGCCUGGAAGACAGUGAUUCAGUAGCUGUGAUAAAUAAAUGGGAUCUGAGCCGGUUUAAUUCAUGUCAUCUGCUGUUAGUGACAAAGGAUGAAAUGACCAAGUUCUACAGCACAAACAAGGGACUGAGAACUGGUGAAAGAGAAAAAAUCAUGCUAGAAGCAGAAUUGCUUACGAGACCCCACAGAAUUGGAAUCUUCUCCAGAUCAGCAGAGAGUAAUUACCAGUGGUUUAUGUCACUUCUACAAUCAGAAUUCAGGGAUGUGGUUCAUGAAGUUCGACCCUGUAACAUCUCUAACAUUGGAGCCGAACUGUCUCAGUGCACAGUCGCUAUCCUGUAUCACUCCAUGAAUAGAGGGGAGGUUAACAAUGAAGAGCUAAAAUAUAUGUCUGAUAUACUGGGGAAGGAGAAUGUGAUUGUGGUUGUUGAAGGCAUGAAGGGCAGAUUCCCUGUAGAACAAAGUAUUGGAGAUUAUGCCUGUGACCUGGUGAUCAUCACAGAGGCAGAGAAGGACAAAGCCCGGCUGAUGGGGAGGCUGGAGAGCAUCAGACAAAGUUUAAAGAAGCCUCCAAAACGCAAAAUAAGGAGGGAUGAGCAAAAAGAGGAGAGAAAGAAAAAGUGUCCAGAUGCUGAACCACAGCAAGAUAUAUUACCUGAUGAUCCUGGGGAAAUGGAACUUGGAAAUGAAAAAAAUAGACCAAAAAGGCCCUUAUUGUUCAUCAGGAAACACCAUAAAAUUGGGAUUUUCUCCAGAUCAGCAGAAAGUGAUUAUAAUUGGUUACAAACGUCCCUCAGAACAGAGUUCAGGGAUUUGGUGGUGGAUGUCAGAGCCUGUUACAUCUCUAAUAAUGGACGGCGGCAGUUCUGGGAAGAUGUGUCUCAGUGCUCAGUCGGGAUCCUGUAUCACACUCUAAAGAGAGGGAGGCUGAAUAUCACCAAUGUCAUGGACUCUCUGUAUGAGGAGGAGCUGAAAUAUAUGGCUGAAACUCUAGGGAAGGAGAAUGUGUUUGUGGUGGCUGAUGACCUGCAGGACAGUAGUUCUAUAGAGAAGCACAGAAUCCUGGCACAGCAGCCCAGUAUUGGAGAAUACUCCUGUGACCUGGUGCUACUCACUCCAGCAGAUAAGGAAAACAAAGCCCAGAAGAUGGAGAAGCUGGAGACCAUUAGAUCUGCUUUACAUUUGAAAGAGAAUUUGUUACACAUAACUCGUCUGAAAACCAAAACAUCUUUCAAGCAGGCAAAAGACACUGGCAUUGGAAAAAUUGAGACAUAUCAGAAUUAUAGAGCAAUGGUUCCCUAUACGGCUGAUGAUACAACACAUCUCCCAACUGGCACACAAGAACAACCCGGAAGAUAUGGAAGUGGUUCUGGGACACAACAUCAGAGACGAGCUAGUGAACAACAACCAAAUUCUCAAAGACCAGGCACGUCUGAAAGAAAAUCUUCCUGGGGAGGGAGAAUGUUCAGUAGUUGGACUGACUCAGUCAUGCAACGAGUACAAGGACCAAGUACAAAGGAGAAGCACAAGGUCGGGAUAUUCUCCAGAUCAGCAGAAGAUGAUUACCGGUGGCUGCACAGGUUCAUUAUAUCAGAGUUCAGUGAUUAUGUUCAGAGGGUGAGACCCUGUUAUAUCUCUAACACUGGGCGCAGACAGUUCUGGGAGGACGUAUCUCAAUGCACAGUCGCUAUCCUGUAUCACACCAAGAAAAGAGGGAGAAUUAACAUCACUGAUGUGCAGGGGUCUCUGUAUGAUGAGGAGCUGCAAUAUUUAGCUGAGCAACUGGGGAAAGACAAAGUCAUGGUGGUGGUGGAUGACCUGGAAGACAGUGGCCCUGAGGAGAAGGAAAGGAUUCUGAUGAGUCAAAGAAGCAUUGGGAAAUGGGCCAGUGAUCUCAUUCUCAUCAGCUCAACUGAGAAGAAUUAUAAUGACUCCACAAACUCAAUGUAUAAACAGUGGUUGUUGCAGAAGUUUAAUAGAAUUGCAAAGGUUUAAUUUGUUGAAGGUACAUACCAUUCACCAGAUUCAGGAGGGUUUCAGACAUAGGAAGCCUGCAGAUCUACGUGGACUUGGUCAGUUCUCAGUAAAAGAAAGAAAUGCUUGUGCCGACCUAUAUCACAUUUCAAGCUAUAAUCCUCUCCUUGCCCUCUACUUAAUGUCUACUCAAGAGUUUCCAUAGUUGUUUGCCAUCAUCUUGUUCUCUGUCAGGUAUCUCAGAACUAUCUCAGAUCUUUAGCAUGAGCCCUAGUUGUUUAUGUUUUUCCAUUGUUUACAGCAGAAUAACAGCAAUCUAGUUGAAAAUUAA